AUGUCAGAAGAGGCCUCAGAUGACCAAAGGGUUGUCUCCCCUCACAUCUCCAAGGAGCACAGGGCCCCGAUGCCAGAGGACAGGGACUGGUUACCCUUUCUUUGGGCACUACCCACCCAUGCUGAUCUUGCGGCUGCCAGCAGAGCACUGCAGACCUUGAUCCAUGCUAACAUCCAGGUGCUACGUGACAAUGUUCUAGGCCUGAAUGACCGUGUGAGCCACCUGGAGUCCACGUGUGACCUGCUCCAGGCUGACCAGACACACACCAGUGAAGUGGCUGGCUAUCAGGCAGAAUAUCUUAGAGGCCUGGCUAUCCAUGUGGAUGAUUUGGACAAUCGGGGACGACGGAACAAAUUGCGGCUGAGGGAGUCGUCUCAAGUCCGACAACAUCCAUGA